AUGCGACGGCACGACAAAAUUCCCAUCGGCACCUCCCCCAACCCGGACGCAAGAUUCAGUCGCGCCUACAUACGCAUUGUGGGCCCCGACUGUUCCUAUCUCCUCAUCCAUGCGGAUCGAUUCAUUUGGGGGCCGGAGGCUAAUCCCAUGCCCGAUGUCAAGGCUUUCCUCAGUAGUUGGGUUUUCCCUCUUUGGCGUUUGUUACGACCCGCGCCUGGUACUUGUAAUUAG